CCGUUCAGAAACCUAACUCCUCUUGUUGCAGGCCUCACAGAAGUGCCGGAUUCUGCCUUCCUAGCAGAAAAUAGAAUAGAGCUGGAGGCCAUACUUUCUCGUAUUGAUGAAUCGGCAGCAAGACUUUCACAAUUGGCAAGUCAAAUUGAGAGUUUCGUUGCAGCCUCUGUCCCUGGGUCCUUCGCGGGAAUCGCUUUCCGUCCUUCGCCUACCUCUUUCUUGCCAAUUGGACCAGGCCUUCCACUUGCAGACGAGUUUUUGCCCCAAGAUAAAACGGACGGUGAGUUCAUAUCUCGUACAUACCUCGUGGCAAUGCUGAAUUUUGCCCUAGCUCGUUAUGCUCUCCAACAGCGUAUGAUGGAUAGGGCAGAAAGCCUAUUUUAUACUGCACUUCAAGAGAUGCAUGCUGAACAGCUGACAUAUAUUCAAGAAACUGGUGCUACGCCCCGUUUGAUUGAAAGCUAUCUAACUGCAUGUCAUUCCUAUAUGAAAGCCCAAAGAGCCAUGGAUGCCUCAGAUGGCAUUUUUUCACGCCCUAUAACUGUUCUUACUCCCUCAUCAAUUGAUCCUCAAGGGUCAGAUCCCUUAGUAGACGAGAGCCAUGAUUCAGAUUUACGCCAUUUAUCGGCUACUUUAAACGAAAUUUACCAACAGAUCUGUUCUGAGUCAAGUGGGCUUAUUAAUAGUGGUCUGGCUUAUCAAGAUAGGGCUCGGUUUGCAGAGUCUUGUUGCGAUCUCCUUGAGGCCUGUCCACCUCCAUUCCGGCAACAUGCGAGCCAACCUUUUUGGCGUAAUAUUGUCAACACUGGGCCAAAGCGAGGUGUGCAAAAGCUACCAGGACAACCAGUGGAGAUACCGACGACUCCUGAUCAUAAAUUUACGACUCUUGAGGAACUCUUGCUUGAAUGUUUAUCAAUUGACUUGCAAUCUUUGCUUAUUUCGACUGGUGAGGAAGCUCCUUUUUUGAUCGACUUAAGUCGCCGCUCCCACAUAGAAGCUCUUUUAUUAUCUCGAGCCGUUAAAGAGUCGGAAGAAGAGAUGAAGAGCAUUGCUGUUGGCCUGCCCAAAACCGUUUGGCCAAAUAUUGGUCUCACUAGUGCUGAAAUUACUUGCAACUUCUACACCAAAGUGAGUGUUUUUUCACUAUGUUCGUAUUCUUUGCGUCUUCAUGAUACUUAUUUUGUUCAAUCUUUCAUUUAG